CGCAGGGUCACAAGUUUUAUAUAACGUAGCUCCAUUAAAUAGAUGAAUGUCGUGGGUUCUCGUCCCAUUACUUCGAGAUCUUGAAGUUUCCUGUGAAUAGAUACGAAGCUCAUGGCGGUGGUAAGGGUGGUUGGCAUUUGCACGUGUAUGGAUAACAGUCCGUCCUCUCAGUCGAUGUGGAUGGAUAGAAUGACAACAAAUUCGUUCGAGAGCGUGCAAGUUCAGUGUGUUGCUAGAAAAUCCGUUGCUAAAUAUUACUGUCAAGGUUUAUUAUGUUGUCCAUUAGUAUGGACACCCAAUCAGACAUGCAAACAGGUAAACAAACAAGAAAUCUCGAAGCAGAAUCCAGAGAAUCUCGCCAAUCAGGAGCAUCGUUUGAAGAGCGAAACGAAUUUAAUGGCAUCACCAUCACCAGAAUAUUGCGAUACAGCCAGCCAGACAGAAUGGACAGGUGGUUGGGAGCCGUGCUAUCUAACGUGUGACCAAAAAGGAAUGUUGCAAUCGUCCAAUCAGAUGCAGCUAGUCGAUUGUGACGUAGGAGCCGAAGAUGAGGUGGAAGAAAGCUGUGACGUCGAAUAUGAGGUAGGUUGAAGAAUUUGGUGAUCGAAUGUUUAAUACGGUCGAACCUCCAAACAACGGACACCUCUAAACGGCGGCCAUUUCCACCCGUAAACUUUUUCUUUUGAAAAAAAAUACGUACAAAAUAACCUCCAAACAAUAACCACCUCCGAACGGCAUCCAUUUUUUU